AUGAGCGCACCCGCCCUCCAACUGCACGCCCUCCCCGGCUCGAGCAAGCACGACCUCGCCUCGCUCGACCCCGAUUCGCUCGUCGCAGCGUCGUACCUCCAACUGCUCCACCCGGGCGAGUGGGCACUCGUCUCGACACCGGACCCGGGCUCGUCCUCGUCCCCCUCGGCCCCCGUCCUCCACUCGCACAACGACACCUGGACCGGCUCGGCCAUCCUCCACCACCUCGUCCAGACGUCCUCCUCGCCCCCCAACCUCGACCCGCGACACGAGGCCGACGCCCGCGCCUUCCACGCCUUGCUCGACCACAACCUCCUCCCGCUCGUCCUCCACUCGCUCUACUCGCUCCCGCAAAACUGGGCCUUUGUCCGCUCCCUCCUCCUCCCCUCGUUCCCCUUCCCGACCGCCUUCACCCGCCCGACCGCCCUGCGCCACGCCGCGCACGCCGUCGUCGACGCGACCCACCCAGACUGGUGGGGGCUCGGCGGCGAGGCCGACAAGGAGGCCGACGACGAGCGCAGGCGCAAAAAAGCCCUCCUCGAGACGGGCAUCGACGGCAUCAAGGAGCGCAACGACCUCACCCGCCGCGACGGCAAGGAGCGCGUCAAGAAGACCUUUGGCGAGGGCAAGAUUGUCGCCGCCGCACGCGAGCUCUUCACGGCGCUCGAGUCGACUCUUGCAUCGUCGUCGACGCCCUUCUUCUUCUCGUCGUCGUCCCCGACCCCUCUCGACGCCCACCUCUCGUCCCUCCUCUCGCUCGUCCUCUUCCUCCCGCUGCCGACCCCGCUCCUCGCCGACCUCAUCAACGCCUCGUUCCCGCGCCUGUGGGCCCACGCCGCCCUCCUGCGCCGCGCCCUGUGGUCCCCCGAGAGCGUCCCGCCGCCGGUCGCGCUCGGCCCCGCCGCCUCCUCGAGCGCCAAGCGCACGUCGUCGUCGUCGUGGCUCGCGACCCUGCGCGCCCUCGUGCCCGACUUGCCCUUUGGCCUGACGGGCUCGAGCGGCGUCACGCGCGCGGGCAAGGCCGUCCCGCGCUCGGCGCCGCCGACGGCCGCCCAGCGCGCCCUCGCCCGCAACCGCCGCGCGUUCGUCGCCGUGUGCGUCGUCGGCGUCGUUGGGUGGCUCGCCGGGACGGGGCAACUGCCGGUCCCUGGCGGCAAGUUGGGGAGGUUGCUGCUGGGCGGCAAGGCGCCGAGGGGCGGCUGGGUCCGGUUCAGGGCUGGGACGGGCGAGGGGGACGACGAGGAUGACGAGGACGGCGAGUGGGAGGAGGAAGAGGACGAUGAGGAGGACGACGAGGACGACCUCGACGACGAGUAGCAGAUCUUCAAGGCUCUGGCUCUGCCGAGCUGUCCUCUCGCAACGCGCAACUCUCGCACAC